GCAACUUGCACUGAUGCUAAAACUUGUUCUGGAUGUACAACUGGAUAUUAUCUCAAUGGUGACAAAUGCACAAAAUGUACAAACGGUUGUUCAGCUUGCACUGAUACUAACACUUGUACUGGAUGUACAGAUGAAUAUUAUUUGGAAAAGGAUAAAUGCAUAGCAGAAGCAAGUUGUAGUGUUUCUGCCACUGGAUGUUUGAAGUGCAAAACAGAUAAAACAACUUGUCUUUCAUGUACAGUUGGAUAUUAUCUAAAUAGUAACUCAUGCACAAAAUGUACAAAUGGUUGUACAACUUGUAGCGCUGCUAAUACGUGUUCGGCAUGUUCAAAUGGGUAUUACUUGGACAAUAAUUCUUGCAAUAAAUGUACAAACGGUUGUUCAGCUUGUACUAAUGCUAACACUUGUACUGGCUGUGUUGAUGGAUAUUAUCAAAAAGAUAAAUUGUGCAUAAAAUGUGCAGCCAAUUGUACAAAAUGUACUGCUGCUAAUGCUUGUUCUAAAUGUGUUCCCAAUUUUGUUGGAUACAUUUCUAAAGGUGUGUGUACUCCCUGUUUUUCUGAUUAUAAAUGUGCUACAUGUGUUGAAGACCCCAAGGAUGCAAAUGGUAAAUGUACUAAAUGUGAUACUACUACGAUCUAUAAAUACAUGAAUGGUAACAAAUGUGAUGAUUGUGAAACCGGAAAAAUAACAAAAGAUGAAAAGUGUGAUUCUUCAAAAAACGCAUGUGGAAGUGGAUGUGCUGCAUGUAUGGAAGUUGCUGAAAGUACAACGGCAAAAUGUACCAAAUGCACUGCAUCAACUGAUUACAUCAAUCUUGAUGAAACAUGUGAUAAAACUUGCAAAAUUGGUAAAGCAAACAAAGAAUCAAAUAAAUGCGAAAAAUGCACUAUUGAUGGGUGUGAAACUUGUGAAACAGUUGGAAACGCUGAACAAUGCACCAAUUGUAAAAACAAAUACAUUUCUACCAACAAAAUUUCAUGUGCUGAUAAAUGUACCACUGGUAAACCAGUUGAGACUCCAAUUAAAAAGUGUGAUAAGUGUGCCACUGAGAAUUGCGAUGUUUGUGACAAAGAUGACAAGUGCACUAAAUGCAAGACCAAAUUCAAUCUUAUGGCUGACAAUUUGAAGUGUGUUGAGAAAUGUCCAGAAGGCUAUAUGACAGAUAAAACAAAUAAUAAAUGCAUUAAAUGUACCGUUGAAGGUUGCUCAACUUGUGAAAAUGUGGAUGAAUGCACUGCAUGUAUGGCUGAAUACAAGUUGGAAGGAAAAAAAUGCAAUGAAGCUAAUGCUGUUUUUGCGAUUAUGGCUUUAGUCGUUAUGGCGUUUUUAUUCUAA